AGCAGUGAGGAAAAGAAGGUCAGUAGAAGACAUCAGAGAGGCUUGUGUGUGAGCGGAGAGGAGUGCACACAUGGCGUCCCGGGACUUUGACUGCAUUGUGAUCGGGGCGGGGAUCCAGGGCUCCUUCACUGCCUAUCACCUGGCGAAGAGCAGCAGGAAGACUCUUCUGCUGGAACAGUUCGUACUGCCUCACUCCCGCGGGAGCUCCCAUGGCCAGACAAGGAUCAUUCGAAAGGCCUACGAGCAGGAUUUCUACACCCAGAUGAUGGAGGAAUGCUACCAGCUCUGGGCCCAGCUGGAGAAGGAGGCCAGUGUCAAGCUGUACAGACGUACAGGUCUUCUGGUCAUGGGACCAGAAAAUGGGCGGGACUUCCUGUUGUUUAAGAACACGCUGCUGAAAAACAAGGUGCCAACUGUAACACUGGAGCCAAGCGAGUUCAGCCAACACAUCCCACACGUCAAUCGUAACCCUGGAGACGGUGCCAUCGUGGACACGACCGCCGGGGUACUGUAUGCUGACCGUGCCCUCAAAGCUGUACAGGGGGUUUUCCACAGACUUGGAGGAGUGAUUAAGGAUGGGGAGAAAGUGAUUGACAUCCAGAUUGGCCCAGUGGUCUCUGUGACAACUGCCUCCGGGGUGUACAAGGCUAAGAGUCUGGUGAUCACUGCUGGGCCCUGGGCUAACAGACUGCUGUCACACACCAACCUACAACUGCCCCUGCAGGUGGUGAAGAUUAACGUGUGCUACUGGAGGGAGAAGAUCCCUGGCACAUACAGCGUCGCAAAGCGCUUCCCCUGUUUCAUCCAGACGGAGUGCGAGGAGGGGAAGCACCACAUCUACGGCCUCCCAUCCAAUGAAUAUCCAGGGCUGAUGAAGGUCUGCUAUCACAUGGGCAGCGAGACCGAUCCUGACGAGCGGGACAGACAGACGGACAGGUGGGACAUUGACAUAUUGUCCCGCUACAUCGCUCGCUGCUUCCCGGGGCUUGUCCCCAUCCCUGCAGUGGUGGAGAGCUGCAUGUACACGGUCACCCCAGACCACCAUUUCGUCCUGGACCGCCACCCGUCCCACAGCAACAUCGUCAUCGGUGCAGGAUUCUCAGGUCAUGGGUUCAAGUUCGGCCCGAUCGUUGGCAAGUUGCUCUGCGAGCUCGUCCUGGGGCAGGUGCCCUCCUAUAACCUUUCACCUUUCAAGAUCCGGCGUUUCCUGUCCCAACCCAAAUCUGCCCUGUAGGCCCAGGCCCUCUGCUCAAGCAAAUUCUACAUGAGAUCUUGUGUUAUAUGACCCACACGACCAGUGCUGGGAUUCCUCGAUUAAACCAGGAAAUAGGAGAGUUGUGUUAUGUCCUGUUAUAAUGAUGCUAAAAGCCAACUCCAUGAUAUAUGUAUCCAUAACCAGUAUCCAGUGAACAUGCUCUGUGGUUUCAGGUUAGGGUUUCUGGGCUCAGCAGAUCUAGGACCAUGAGAAGGCUUUCCCUAACCUUUCCAAAGCCGGCAGGUUGAUCCUGAAAUGCCACACCACAGAAUCCGUGAUAGGAGAGCACUGCACAGGCUUCCGAACUUGAUUUUGUACUGUACUACACCACUGAAAGUGCAUCCA